AUGGCUGAUUCCAGCCCAGAGCCUAAAUUAUCCCCAGUGGAUUCUGCUCCGACCUCUCCUAUAUUCGCUAAACCUCCCAGCUCAGGGCUACCUCCUUCCAAAGCCCGGGCUAGCUCGCGCGACGACUUUGAAGAGUCGUCGAGGCCCGGGAAGAGACCGAGACUCGACGGACCUUUCAUGACUGCCGCUGCCGCUUUCGCCGAGGAACGACAGAAGGCACCUCAAUCUACACCUCCGCCGACAUCUGGAACAAGUCCAAAUCCGUUCCACCAAGCCCGAAGUGCGCUCAUGGGCUCAGACCAGACUGCGACGAGCAAAGCUCCCGAGGCAGCACCAGAAAUCCCUUCAGAUCCCACCACUACCCUCAGUGAACCACUGGCUGUAGUCGCAGAAAACAUUCAGCAACUGCCCGCUUCUGCUCCGGAAGGCUCUUUUGGUGGCGAUAACCAUGCAGCGCUGACCAGUCCCACGAGCAUGUCGAGCGGCGGGACGUUGGGCACGCUAGAAGGCAUGCCGGGGGUCUCGGGUAUGACCACCACCGUGGGAAGCCCACUCGCGCUUGAAGAAACACUCCGCCAGGUGGUGAAUGCAGAUGCAGGCUCGACUUCUCCCAGCGAUGUCGCAAAGACAGGGGCGCUCUCAUAUCCAACCCCCUUCCUACAGCCGCAAGUAGCAGAAAACGCUGCUAGACGAGGGAUGAGCUUGCCUCAUUCCGGUACACGCCAAGGUACAAAAUCUCCUUCCAGCAAGAAACAUAGAUGCCCCUAUUGCGCCACCGAGUUUACUCGUCAUCACAAUCUGAAGAGCCAUCUGUUAACGCAUAGCCAAGAAAAACCCUACGUCUGCUCGACCUGUUCAUCGCGGUUUCGCCGUCUUCAUGACCUCAAGCGGCACACCAAGCUUCAUACCGGCGAAAGGCCUCAUAUAUGCCCUAAAUGUGGCCGGAAGUUUGCUCGGGGGGAUGCAUUAGCGCGCCAUAACAAAGGGCCGGGGGGUUGCGCCGGCCGGAGAUCCAGCAUGGGCAGUUUUGGCGGGGAAGAAGAAGUGGACGUGGAUGAGUCAAUGGAGGGAGUGGUUUAUGGCGAACCUGAACCUCUAGAGGAUGAAGAGGGCAAUGACAAACGGCCGGGUAUCCGUCGACAAGCACCUUCAGGGGAUGACACGUUAGACGACCCGGCCCACACUUCUCGAAUUCCGAGCACAUAUCCCCCGAUACAGGGCCGCCCCCCUGGAGGGAUCGCCAGUGGACAGUUUCCUCCUAGGACCGGGUUCAGCCAACAGAAUGCAGGCCCCAGCAGUGCUGCCGUACCGUCGGCCGCACCAAUGCCAUUCCCACCCAUGACCGGGUCAUCCUCCAGCUCACGGCCUUCAGCUCCAGGUACUGUUUAUCCGCAGAACCCAAUGACAGAGAGCCCCAAACCUCUUUCUCCUGGUCAAACACAUAGGGGCGGUCAAGGCACCGGAGGCGAAGGCAGCGUUGGCAGGAACCGUUCCCCAAGCACGACCUUUUAUCCACAAUCGCACACACGAUCCGGAGGCGGUUCAGGUUCCUCUCUCGGUGUGCCUGCGGGUGGUCCACAGCUACCACCUCCUCAUGUACUUAACCCGCCGGAUGCAAGAUACACUCUACCCAGCCAAAGCGGGCCGGCCCAUCCCCCUACGCAGCCUAGCGGGCCACCGACUCACAUGAGCGGAAGUGGUCCCUUGUCGUCUCACAGCAAUAGUCUGUCGAGUCAUGGCUAUUCCGGCCAUGGCAGUGGAGAAGCAUCCAAAGUCAUGUUCGCGCAAGAGGAGCGCCUAUGGGCGUAUGUGACUAGCCUGGAGCAACGGAUCAACAAUAUGCAAGAGGAGAUUAAUUCAUUGAAACAUCAAUUGGCUAGCGCUACGCAGCAACAACAGCAACAGCGGGUUUGA